UCGGAGCUUAAUUAUUGUGGGUUGGCGCCUCAAAACUGUGUCUCAAUUAAAAACAUAAUGCAUUCGCAUGUCGAAGCUUGUUCUGGUGAGACUGUUUCGGCGAUUAGAUCCUAUGAAAAAACAAAAAGUUUGGAAAUAACACCAGCAACAAUGCAUCAAACAAUACGUGUACUAUUACUCUGUCUGAUUAACUUGGGAUUUUUGGAACUGACGCCAGCACAAUUAUCCUCAGAAAACGUGGCGUCAAUAAUAUGGUCUUUCAAUCAAUUAGAAAAUAAAUUGGAACGUCACGAGCAUCGCGAAAGAGCGCUUGGGGAAGUAAUUAAAAAAUCAUUGCAAACUCUACAGAGAGGACAAACGAACCUACAACAAUUAUAUGGUUCACAGACAAGUUUAGAUGAGCGUAUUAACCGAAUUGAAAUUCAGUUAAAAACGCAAGGAGAUAGAUCUAUGAGCCGAAUUGAAAAUUUCUUUACGGAACAAAAAGAAAACAAUCAACAGUUACUCGAAAAGAUAACCAAAAUGUCUCAGAAUGUAGAAAAAUUGUUAUAUAACUCAAAUUACGUGGUGAAACCAAGCAAUGUGGCACAAAACAGCAAUCCGUAUACUGCAUCUGCGAACUUCCUUGAAUACGGGAAUCAUAAGACGCUGAAAGUCGACGAUAUAGCGUCUACUCAAGAUAAGCCACAAGAGGGUCUCACGUAUGCAGACAAAGAAUUUAUACGAGGAUUGGCAAGCGAAACACAAAAUCGUGUUGAAAGUGUGUAUACCCAUAUGCAAAAUAUUGUACAAAGAACACAAGCUGAAACCGCAGUAAGCGAUAAAGCAGUCGACCCGAGUCUCUAUACCGAUAUUGACACAAUUUUGAGGAGAUUCAAUGCACAAGAAGAUUUAAUGCAGAGAAUGUAUAACCAAAUGAACAGCAGUUGCUUUAAGGUAAAUGAUAGAGUUGAAAAUUUAAGUAGUUGCAGUAGCAUUUCACCACCACUCACACAAGUCAUGGAUAGCGAGGCAAGCAUUAACAAUGUAAUUGAUAAACAGCAUGAGCAGUUACUUGAUUUUAUGAAGACACGUUUCGACACAGUCGAUAAGGACAUCACAAAUGUGCAAUUGGAAAUAGCGAAAAAUUUGAAUGCCACAAUUCAAAAUGAAGCCAGUUAUUUGUGGCGACAAAUUUCCAUAACGAAUGGCGAGAUAAAUACCAGCAAAGAUUUACUACGGCUAAUGCGAGAUCGGAAUGAUAUCUAUGUCAACAGUGUUUUACAAAGCAUGGCUGCUAUGAGCAAUAAAGUGGAGGAUAUCAAAGAACGUGUCAUGGACAUGAAUGACAAUCAAACUUUUUUGUUGAACAAAUUGCCUUUGAUGCCGCAAGAAUUUUCGAACGUGCAACAAGCUUUCAUCGGUUGGCUAGAGCAACUAAGUGAAACGCUCAAAAUGCUGCAGGAAAAGAAGAAAGUACCGACAUCGUAAUAUUUGAAAAACAAAAAAUAUUUCGAAAAAACUCAAAUAGUAUAUAACAGUCUACAUGAAUAGAAUAAUAGCUUUUCAUUAUCGGUUGUAAUCGUUAUUGGCAGUGAGACACAGCAAAAUAUUUAGCAUUACGGCAUAUUGAGCUAUUUACAUUAGCUCUCAAACUGUUAUCUGCGCUACUUAACAGAUCAUCGUAGAUGUGCUACUGAAGCAGUUUUAAUUAAACAUUUAAUCAAAAUUUUUAUUGGAGAACAAUGGGAUAAUGAGAACAAAUGAAUAGCGAAAACAAAUUAGAAUUUAACUAUAAAUCUAGUAACCAUAUAGCUUAUUUUGCAAAAAUAUUUUUUUUUUUCGCAGAAAAUUUUUCAAAGUAGAACACAGUUUUUGACCAACAAAAUUUCACUUUUGUCAUAAUAAUUAAAAACCUUCUGUUUACAAAGUGUAAUUUUAUGGAUUGUUGUUGAUCGUUAAAACAAUUUUAUUUACAAUUAAUUAUUUACAAUGACUACAAUCGUCUCCUUGCGGAUUUAGUCAUUUCGUCGUUAUACUUAAAUAAACUCUAAUAAAUCAAAGACAGCUUUAAAUAUUA